GAGACAGGGCGAGGAGUGUACAGUAGUUUGAGGUGGGACUCUUCUGUCACUAUUUUCACUUAAACAUCUAAUGACUUGCUUCAAGGCUUAGGUUAAGUUAGGAAAAUCCUAUUGCAGAUUGUCCAACCUGGACUUAUAGUGUGCCACAGUGGUUCGGAGGUUAUACCCAUGGAUACUAUUAUAGCAGCUUUGGUUGCAUUAUGCUCCCAUCUCACACGGGAGCAAAUGGAAACUAAACGGCAGAAAGAGGUGUACAGUAAUGAUGGCGACGUUUGAUAGAAUGAAAACCAAGCCGGACUACACUUACUCCACUGUCAUCAGGCCAAAGAAGAGCUCGCUUGUUCAGACAAGGCAACCCCAUAUUGCCUCAACAGAAAACAAGUUAGCUGAGCAAAGAAAAGAGUGGGCUCCAAAGCUCCCCUUCACCCCAUUAGACAACCUUAUCAGUCCAAGGGAAAAAUCACCCAAGAUGGCACACAAAAGGCCGACGCUUGACCCUCAAAGCAAUGAGAAAGCUCUCUUCAUAGGUAACAAGCUCCCCAGAUCCAAUGGUUGCAACAUCAAGGACAAGAUUUCUCUGUGGGAGGGUAAGGAACCUGAUCACUCGACCACUACCUCCAGUUCUUUGGGCCAGUCUACCAGCAUAAAAAGGACAGACUCCCUGACGAAAAGCAUCAGUAAAAUCACUGAUGAGCAGAGUGCAGAGAGUUAUGGACGAGUCGCACAUGAGGAAAAGCAAAAUCAUGGGAAAGGGAAUUUAGGAAAACCUGAAGACUCAAGGCCUUGUUCUCCUUUAGAAAGUGGGAAACCGCAAAGAGGUAUGCUUAACAGCAGCAAGUCCAGUGAGAACAAUGCAUUGGAGGAUUGUAGUAGAACAAUCUUUCAGCAAAAGGAGGAUCAUGAUAAAGAGAAUGAAGAGGGGCCUGGGGAUUCAAGGUCUUGUUCGCCUACAGCAACUACACAGCAACAGCAGGUUGGGACAUUGAGAAAGAGCAAUGAAAAGACAAAAGUUGGACAAAACAGCCAGGAGAAAAGAGCUGUAUUCACUCUUUUCAAAAAGCUUGAGGCAAUGGGAGGAAACCACGGGAAAACUCCUCCAGAGCUUGGAAAGUAUUUCAGCCCGCCAAGCAAGGACAAACAGGUAGAGGUCAAGAAGAAAAUAUCUGAAGUUAAUGGUCAGGCGAAUGCAGUGAAAUUGUCUGGGGCUACAGAAGCAAAGCAGAGCCAGGAGAAUGUGUACACAGAACCAGGGACACUCCCAAUCAACCCAGUCCCAAAACCCAGGCGUACCUUCCAGCAUCCGGCUAACGCCCCCGAUGGGAAGAGUCAAAGACAGGGGACAGGGCAGAGGAAUCUCCCUCCAUUGCCCUCCAGCUCCAUAAAAAGUACCUCAAAACCUCCUCCUGGUGUCUAUGGGAGACCCAGGGGUGAGAGAGUCAGAGACCACAUCAACAGGAAAUCUUUUGAGUUCGAAGACCUCGCCGGGUCAAGAGGCCCGCUUUUCUCUCGCUCACUGUCACAGGAACAUCACUAUGAGGACAUCCUGGACUCCUCCAAAGAGAACCCAUAUGAGGACAUCGAGUUGGAGAGUCAGUGUUCCCAGCAGUCUUUGCCCUCCUCUCCUGGCGCUGAUACUGCCAAGAACUCGAGGCCUGGCUUCUUCAGGCAGAAUUCAGCCAGGAGCUUUAAGCUGCUGGACCUGCGCAGAUCCAACCAGUCAACCCACAGCAACAGCAGCGGGGGGGUUUCGUCUCCACCCCAGGUCAGCCCACCCUCCACUCCCAAUGGGCCUGAAAACACUUCCUGGCUCCCCGGGGAUCCCUACAGUCGCACCUGCCGCAGGAUACCAACGGUUGUUCUAAGAAUCAACAGCAUCUUUGAGUCUCGGAUUGGGAAGAAACGUCUUCGGAGGAUCUAUCAUUAUGCUGAGACAAGCUCAGGGAGAGUAACAGAUGACAACAGUGACUCUGAGAGUGAAGUUGAUGAAAGAGCAAAAGCUCAUCGUCAGCGUCAGCGUCUCGUGUCAGUCAAGUCCAUACUGAGCAAGCCAAGCCAGUCUCGAGUCCACUACAAUGGAACCAGCAGCAUGCGGGAACAGGAGCUCCACCAGCGUCAGCUCUUUGAAUAUUUUCUCGUCGUGUCUCUGCAGAAGUCAAAGGGUGGUGCCCACUACCUGCCGGAGGUCACACAGCAGUUCCCCCCAAAGCUGGAGCGAAACUUCAAGUUCAUGAGGGAGACGGAGGAUCAGCUGAAGAUCAUUCCUCAGUUCUGUUUCCCUAACGCUAACGGCUGGGAGCCUGUGGAAAACUACCCGAGCGAGAUGUUCUCCUUUGUUUUGACUGGAGAGGAUGGGAGCAGGAGGUUCGGAUACUGCCGGCGUUUACUGCCCAGUGGAAAAGGCAAACGUCUACCAGAGGUCUACUGUAUUGUUAGUCAUCUUGGCUGUUUCAACCUGUUCUCCAAGGUUCUGGAUGAAGUGGAGAGAAGGAGGGCUUUGUCUCCAGCUCUUGUUCAGCCUUUUAUGAGAGCCAUCAUGGAGGCUCAGUUUCCAGCUCCAGGCAGAACCAUCACUGUUAAAACUUUCCUCCCAGGCUCAGGCACUGAGGUGAUGGAGCUCUGUCGACCCUCUGACUCGCGCUUGGAGCAUGUGGACUUUGAGUGUCUGUUCUCCUGUCUGAGUCUGCGGCUGCUACUUCGGGUGCUCGGGUCUCUGCUGCUUGAGCGAAGGGUCAUUUUCACGGCAGACAAGCUCAGCACUCUCUCCCAGUGCUGCCAUGCUGUUGUGGCUUUGCUGUACCCCUUUGUGUGGCAGCAUACUUACAUCCCUGUGCUGCCCUCAGCUAUGCUCGACAUCGUCUGCACUCCAACCCCGUUCAUUGUGGGCCUGCUGUCCAGUUCACUGCCCCAGCUCACUGAGCUGCCCCUGGAGGAGGUUCUGGUUGUGGAUCUUGGAAACAGUCGAUUUCUCAGACAGUUGGAUGAUGAAGACUCCAUCCUGCCUUCAAAGCUCCAGUCAGCCCUGGAGAACGUUCUGGAGAGAAGACGAGAGCUUGCUGGUGAAAGAGGAGGAGACACAAUCACUGACCAUGGCUAUCUCAGCACAGUUGUGUCUGAGGCCUUCGUUCGUUUCUUCAUCGAGCUCGUCGGCCAUUACCCACUCUUCAUCGUUGGUGAACGGGAAGACGGCUACUCUUCCUCCUCCUCCUCUCCCGCUCCAUGUUUCUUCCAGCGAGACGGUUUCCGUAAAGCGACCCCCUCUAAGACCAUGCGUCGCUUCCUGGAGGUCUUCAUGGAGACUCAGAUGUUUGGCUGGUUCAUCCAGGAGAGAGAGCUCCACAGGCAGGCUCUGAAAGGACUGUUUGAAGUCAGGGUGCAGGAGUAUCUAGACUCCAUCCACGAGAAUGAACAUCGGAGGGUUAACAGGUUUCUCAAAGGCUUGGGAAACAAAAUGAAAUUUCUGUCAAAGAAAUGACUCCAGUAUUAUUGAUCAAAAACGGGACAGCAAAUAAA